AUGGCGGCCGACCAGCACUUCUCCAAGGGCAGGACAACAACAACUGCGACGCCAACCACGCUGCGCGACGAGCUCCGAGGCGGCGGCGCCAGCCAUGACGACGAGAGGGCCUCCUCUGUCAGCAAGGGGUCUAGUCGGUGGAAGGAGAUGCUUGGCCUGCGGAAGGCGCUCUGCGUCAGCAGCGGUGGGCAACGGCCCUCUGGCCAGGAAGGCUAA